UAUUUCUCUAUACUAGUUUAAUUUCUUUUUAUUGUUUAUCUUAAUUUUUUUUUUUUUAAAUUAAAUUUGUUUUUGUGUUUUAAAGUUUAUUUUUUAUAAACAUUUAAAACAUAUUUGUAUAAAGGAAAAAAAAAAAAAAAGAAAGGAAAAAAAAAGGAGAUUAACAUCAAAUUUUUUCAUUGUACACUAUAUAUAAAAUCAUUUUUUCAUUUUAAUUUAUUUAUUGUAUUACUAUAAAAUAUAAAUAUAAAACAUGGACUCAAAUAAAGUUAUUGUUUGCGAUAAUGGUACAGGUUUUGUAAAAUGUGGUUUUGCUGGUGCAAAUUUCCCAACUGCAAUUUUCCCAUCAAUGGUUGGUAGACCAAUCCUUCGUUCUGAAGAAAAGAUUGAAAAUGUCGAAAUUAAAGAUAUUAUGGUUGGUGAUGAAGCUGCUAAAUUAAGAACUAUGUUACAAAUUACCUAUCCAUUAGAAAACGGUAUUGUUCGUAAUUGGGAAGAUAUCACCCACGUUUGGGAUUAUGCAUUCAAAGAAAAAUUAAAGGUUAAAGAUCCACGUGAAUGUAAAAUUUUACUCACUGAACCACCAAUGAAUCCAGUUGCCAAUCGUCAAAAGAUGGUUGAAGUCAUGUUUGAAAAAUAUGGUUUCCAAGCUGUUUAUGUUGCCAUUCAAGCCGUUCUCACCCUUUAUGCUCAAGGUCUUUUAACUGGUGUUGUUGUCGAUUCUGGUGAUGGUGUUACUCACAUUAUUCCAGUCUAUGAAGGUUAUUCAAUUCCACAUCUCACCCGUCGUCUCGAUGUCGCUGGUCGUGAUGUUACUCGUUACCUCAUCAAAUUAUUAUUACUUCGUGGUUAUGCUUUCAAUCGUACUGCUGAUUUCGAAACCAUCCGUCAAAUUAAAGAAAAACUCUGUUAUGUCGCUUACGAUGUUGAACAAGAAAAGAAAUUAGCUCAAGAAACCACCGUUCUUGUCGAAUCAUACACACUCCCAGAUGGUCGUGUUAUUAAAGUUGGUAGUGAACGUUUCCAAGCCUCCGAAGCUCUCUUCAAUCCAUCAUUAGUCGAUGUCGAAGGUGGUGGUGUUCACGAACAACUCUUUGAUUGUAUUAGUAAAGCCGAUCGUGAUCUUCACCAAGGUUUCUACCAACACAUUGUUUUAUCAGGUGGUUCAUCUAUGUAUCCAGGUCUUCCAUCUCGUUUAGAAAAAGAAAUUAAAAACCUUUAUCUUGAAAAAGUUUUAAAGGGCAACAAAGAAGGUCUUGCCAAAUUCAAAUGUCGUAUCGAAGAUCCACCAAGAAGAAAGCACAUGGUUUUCUUAGGUGGUGCAGUUCUUGCACAAUUAGUCAAAGACAGAGAUGAUUUCUGGAUUACCAAGAAAGAAUAUGAAGAGUAUGGUGUCAAGGCGCUCGACAAAUUAACCAAAUUAUCAGUUUAAAAGGGUGGUACAACCAUGGUAGUUCAACCAAAUUUUUUAAAAAAAAAACCAAAAAAAAAAAAACAUAACAAAAAAAUUUUUUCUUUUCUUUUUUUAAUAUAAAGUUUAAAAAAAAAAAAUAAAAAAAUAAAAAGAAAACAUGAAAUAUUAGAUAAUAACACAAUAAUACAGAAAAAUUAAAAAAAUAAUAAAAAAAAAAAAAUAUAAUAUUUAUUACU